AAUGCCUUUCUACUAUUAAUAGAUUAGCUGUUUAUCCGGGUGAUCCUGACUAUUACGAAUGCGUUAAAAUUGUAAAUUGUCGAUAUUCUUAUUUUCCCGUGGUGAUAGUAUAUGUCACUAAUAUUUUAGAUAUUCAGUUAUCAAUUUAUUGUGCAAAUACUUUAAACAUUUCGGUUACUGCCAGAUCUGGUGGUCACUCUUUUGAGGAAUAUGGAAAUGGUGGAAGAAAUGGUGUUAUGGUUAUUGAUGUCAAAGAAUUCAAUCAAGUUACUAUUAAUAAUGAAACAAAUACCGCUAUUAUCGGAACUGGAAAUAGAUUAAUUCAUAUUUAUUACAAAUUAAAUCAAGCUGGAUAUUUAAUUCCAGCAGGGACUUGCAAUUAUGUUGGUAUUGGUGGUCAUGCUACUGGUGGU